AUGGGUAACAACUUCUCCAGUAUCCCCUCUCUGCCCCGAGGAAACCCGAGCCGGGCGCCGCGGGGCCACCCCCAGACCCUUAAAGACUCCAUCGGGGGCCCCUUCCCUGUCCCGUCUCACCGAUGCCACCACAAGCAGAAACACUGCCCUCCGGUGCCGCCCGGCGGGGGGCUCCCGGCCACGCCACUGCUCUUCCACCCACACACCAAGGGCUCCCAGAUCCUCAUGGACCUCAGCCACAAGGCCGUCAAGAGGCAGGCCAGUUUCUGCAAUGCCAUCACCUUCAGUAACCGCCCGGUCCUCAUCUAUGAGCAAGUCAGACUGAAGAUCACCAAGAAGCAGUGCUGCUGGAGCGGGGCGUUGCGCCUGGGCUUCACAAGCAAGGACCCGUCCCGCAUCCACCCUGACUCGCUGCCCAAGUACGCCUGCCCCGACCUGGUGUCCCAGAGCGGCUUCUGGGCCAAGGCGCUGCCCGAGGAGUUUGCCAACGAGGGCAACAUCAUCGCUUUCUGGGUGGACAAGAAGGGCCGCGUGUUCUACCGCAUCAACGACUCAGCUGCCAUGCUCUUCUUCAACGGGGUCCGCACGGCCGACCCGCUCUGGGCCCUGGUGGACGUCUACGGCCUCACGCGGGGCGUCCAGCUGCUGGACAGCGAGCUGGUGCUCCCGGACUGCCUGCGGCCCCGCUCCUUCACCGCCCUGCGGCGGCCGUCGCUGCGGCGCGACGCCGACGAGGCGCGCCUCUCCGUGAGCCUGUGCGACCUCAACGUGCCGGGCGCCGAGGGCGACGAGGCCGCGCCGGCCGCCGGCUGCCCCAUCCCGCAGAACUCGCUCAACUCGCAGCACAGUCGCGCGCUGCCCGCGCAGCUCGACGGCGACCUUCGCUUCCACGCGCUGCGCGCCGGCGCGCACGUCCGGAUCCUAGACGAGCAGACGGUGGCGCGCCUGGAGCACGGGCGCGACGAGCGCGCGCUCGUCUUCACCAGCCGGCCUGUGCGCGUGGCCGAGACCAUCUUCGUCAAGGUCACGCGCUCGGGCGGCGCGCGGCCCGGCGCGCUCUCCUUCGGCGUCACCACGUGCGACCCCGGCACGCUGCGGCCCGCAGACCUGCCCUUCAGCCCCGAGGCCCUCGUGGACCGCAAGGAAUUCUGGGCCGUGUGCCGCGUGCCCGGGCCCCUGCACAGCGGCGACAUCCUGGGCCUGGUGGUCAACGCCGACGGGGAGCUGCACCUCAGCCACAACGGCGCCGCGGCAGGCAUGCAGCUGUGCGUGGAUGCCUCGCAGCCGCUCUGGAUGCUCUUCGGCCUGCACGGGGCCGUUACGCAGAUCCGCAUCCUCGGCUCCACCAUCCUGGCAGAGCGGAGCAUCCCGUCACUCUCCUGCUCCCCUGCCUCCACGCCAACCUCGCCCAGCGCCCUGGGCAGCCGCCUCUCCGACCCCUUGCUCAGCACGUGCAGCUCUGGACCUCUGGGCAGCUCUGCUGGCGGGACAGCCCCCAACUCUCCAGUGAGCCUGCCUGAGUCACCAGUGACCCCGGGCACAGGACAGUGGAGCGAUGAGUGCACCAUUUGCUAUGAACAUGCAGUGGACACGGUCAUCUACACAUGUGGCCACAUGUGCCUCUGCUAUGCCUGUGGCCUGCGCCUCAAGAAGGCUUUGCACGCCUGCUGCCCCAUCUGCCGUCGCCCCAUCAAGGACAUUAUCAAGACCUACCGCAGCUCCUAG